AUGAAGUAUCACGCUGCUCAAGUUUUUGCUCUUGCCAGCAUUGCAACUGCAUUCCCGCACCCCCAGCUUCCCUCGCUACCAUCCUUCUCGCUACCAACUGGAGGACUGGGCUCUGGGACAGGUACCGGUCUAGGUACUGGUCUAGGUUCCGGUCUAGGUUCCGGUCUGGGUUCUGGUCUUGGUUCUGGCCUAGGCUCAGGUCUCGGAGGUGGAAGUUCCCCACUUCCAACCGGCCUUCCCAGCCUAGGUGGAGGUUUCUCACUUCCAACCGGCCUUCCCAGCCUAAGUGGAGGCAGCACCGGUACAAGCGGCUCGGGAUUGAGCGGCUGGCUCAGCAGUCUGGGUGGAGGUUCCAGUGGAGGCCUUGGAGGUCUCGGAGGAGGUCUAGGAGGCCUCGGCGGCGGUGCUGGUGGUGCUUCGACAACAGCUGACGCCGUUGUACCCGCACCCUCGAACACUGGUGCCGCUGCAGCUCCCCCAGCGACUGGUGGAGGCAAUACUGGUGGUGCCGGCACGAUUGGUACAAACUGCAAGCCCCAGUCUGGAUCAGCUAACGCCUUCGGAGGAAGUGAAAACGGUAUCGUGGACAAGAGCUGCUGCACCGACAUGACCAUCGUCUUCGCUCGCGGUACGGGAGAGAUGGGCAACGUCGGAUCCGUUUCUGGACCGCCGAUGUUCAAGGCUAUUCGCCAGAAGCUGGGUAACGACCGUGUUACUGUUCAGGGUGUUGACUACGCUGCCUCUGCUGCUGGUAACGCCAACCUUGGUGGUGACGGUGGCCAGAAGAUGGCCGAUCUGGUCAAGCAGGCCAAGUCUCAAUGCCCUGAGACCAAGGUCAUCGUAUCAGGCUACUCUCAGGGUGCCAUGGUCGUUCACAAUGCUUUCAGCAAGGGCCUUUCUGCCACUGAUGUUAGCGGUGCUGUCAUGUUCGGAGACCCAUUGAAGCGCCAGGCUAUCAGCGGUCUCUCAGCUGAGAAGAUCAAGGAAUUCUGUGGUGACGCUGAUCAGAUCUGCGGUGGUGGUGGUGAUGGCGGUGCUACUGGAAGCCAUCUCAGCUACGGCAGCAGUGCGGAUGCGGCGGCGUCUUUCGCUAUACAGGCUGCCGGGCUUGCUUAG